AUAAUUGCUGGUUGUUGAACAGUUUAGUUGACAGGUUGAUCACAUGCUACUGUAUAGAUGGAAGAACAAGAAAAUGACAAGAAUAAUCUGGUUAAUGACACAAGAUCUUAUUCAAGCAGAUAUGGCUCUACAUCUCACGGAUCAGACAGCUAUGAAGAAUUGUUAAGGGGGAGUGUACCCUGUCCAACAUGUAGAGGAAAAGGAAACAUACCAAAAGAACAAGAAGGAGAACUUGUAGCACUCAUUCCUGUGAGAGAUAAGCGACUUAAACCAAGACGAACAUGCCUGUAUGUAGGGAUAGCUGUAUUUACUUGUAUUGUUACGGCUGGACUAUUGUUUUUCUUCUUUUCUCAAAGAGAUGUUACCAUAGCUAGUAACGCAUCACUGUUAUCACCACAUAAUCUCACCAUAGACACUGCAAAGAAAUAUGUUUACUUUGAAGUCACAUAUCCAUUCAAUAUUUCCAACUUGAAUUACUUUCCUAUAACAUUAACACAGACUUCUAUAGCAGUACAAUUCAACGUUAAAGUCAUAAAUACAACUGUGUCUAGCUUUACUUUAAAUGUACCAAUGAGAUCAACAAGAAAAUUUGAUGUCAAUGUUGGAAUCACUUUCAGUAAAGAUAACGGAUUGGCAGCAAUGGCGAGCAGAUGUAAUAAUCCAGAACCUUUCUUUACUCAGUAUGUGAUGAUAUUUCUGACAACAGCCACGUAUUCCUCUCUUGGACAUCAAGAACAGACGACAGUGAAUACUUAUCCUUUAGUCGAUUGUGGAAAUCAUACAAAUGCAGAAAGCUUAAUUUUCUUGCCAGAAUAUUCAACAUUGAUCAGUUGAUAGAAAGAAGAACUCUCUAACAGAAAAUGAUAGGCUGUCUUCACCAAUGAUUACAGCAGUCAGCAAUAAGAGGUCAUAGGAAAGAAUAAAUCAGCAUUUAGUGGAAACCAUAAUCAUUCUACAAAAAUAUGUCUGUUAUCUUCUCUGAGCAGUUUGACAUGUCAAAGUAUGGAGACAACACAACAUAUGUCCUUUUGCACCUUUAUAUUUUCUGAGUUAAACAUUGGGUUUAACAUGCACAAUAACUUCAGACUUGUCCUAGUCUGGUUAGUCAUAUUCCUGCCUGUGCAAAUAACCAGUUAUUGUGCCCUGUUAUGAUGUUAUAAGUAGUUUUGUGCCCCAUUAUGUCCUCUUAAGCUUUCGAAACAAAAUUUAUAGAUGGGGAAUGUCGAUUUCAAUGACAAGGGAAUUUAUAAAUAAAUAAAAAACAUCAAUACUUAAAGAAAAUUUUGCAUAAUGUUUAAGGGUUAUAAAUUUUAAUGGUUUGGGAGCUUUGUAAUGAUGAAUCUAUUUCAAUGGAAGACAAAAAGUGUUUGAUCUUGCCAGAUGGAAUAUAAUAAAUUUGUUUUAAUUGUUUAAGGAUUCGUAUUAUAUGUGAUAAAUAGAUUAUAACAUGCCCUUUUCCAUAUGGACACUGUCAUCAUCCUACCAACCAUUUGAGCUCUUGACUAGCACCUUGGGCUAAUAUGAGAGUCAAUGGAGGAUGCUAGAGCUGAUAUGGAAGGAACAUGUUGUAAUCUAUAAUUACUUCACAUGUGACAAUACUAUAGGGUUAUUGCAUGAAUAUUGGGGAAUGUUGUCCCGAGUAGAAUUUUAUAUUGCACGAGCUUGCAAGUGUAAUAUAUGUUCUACGAGGGACAAUAUUCCCCAAUAUUCAUGUAAUAACCCUUUUAUUGUAUAGCAAUAUAAUAUUUAGAAGUAUAAAUUGGUAUAAACUGACGUUUUGUCGUUGAUGACGUCAUGAAUUUAGAAGAUAUAUUGCACUAGUGCAAUAAUAGAAUUUAUUGCACGAUAACUUUUGGUUACUUUCUGUUGGAAAUAUUAUAUUGCUAUACAAUAAACGUCUUUAUUUAUUUUACCUAAAAAACAUUGUAUUUGUAUUAAUUUCUGUUUGUAACUUAUGCUUUAAAUAGAAAUCUGAGUAAUUUGUUUUGUUUUUACCCAAUAUUGGAAGUAAAGUGCUUUAAUUUAUAUUAGAUAUGUACUUUGUUCAUAUGCUCUUGCUUUUUUUCGUCUCAAGUAUUAUAAUUCAUAUAUGUGUAAAGGUAUCACCUUAUAGUAUUCAUUGUUUUGUCUCCACAUUUCUUGUCCUAUUGUUUCCGAGUUUUCUACAAGUCUUACCCCUAGUCUUUAACUGCAGGUUGUGGUUAUAUAUUUUGAACUGUUCUUCUUAUUCAUUAAUAUGGUACGUUAUUAUGAAAAAAAUUAUAUCACUUGCACAUUAUAAGGUAGACUCACAGAUUAAUGUAUUCAUGUUUUUUGGGCUACUGAGCUUUAAAUGAAUAUUCACACAUCAAACAUAUUUGCUCAUACGAUUAAAGGUGAUAGCUAUAUUUAUAUUUGUUAUAUAUGUACUUUUUUAGUUUCAUAUUUUAAUAUUUUAUCAUAAUAUUGAUCACCAAAGAGCUUAUUCAUUAUUGAAACUCUAGGUUAACUGUAUUUAAUUUUAUUUAAAAGAUCUGUGAUUUUUAACAGUAAGAACAUUACAAGUAAUUUUUCUGUUGAUAUAUUGAUAUCCAUGUUCUAUUACAAAUAAAAAUGUGGUUAACUUGAAAACCAUUUCACUGUCAUUUGUAAUACUGUAAAUUGAGAUUUUUGAGGACUUUGAAGAAAAUACCAAAUUUAAACGUACAAAGACGAUAAAUCAGUUACCAAAAUUUUGAAAGAUUAAUUUUGGUGAUACAAAAGUCAGUUCAAGUACAAAUUUGGUUAUUUCAUUUUUACUGUUCUUGAUUUAUGUCCUUUAUACCGUUAUAUGCAAGGGGGGAUCAUCUGUGUCUCAUGGACACAUUUCCCAUUUAUUUUCCAAAACAGUUGUAAAAAGUCAGAUAAAACUCAUUAUUUUGUUCAUUUAGAUGUAAAGCACUACAAAUUAAUUGCUCUCAAAUUUUGUUUAUUUCAUUUAAGACCUUAACUAAAUUUAUUCUAUUUUAAAAUCCAAGAUGGCAGAAGACACCAGAUCUACCUUAACUUUAACGUUGAUUUACAGUGUUAAAAUGACAUGUAGCAAUCUAUAUAUAGAUAAGAUUCAUUAACUUGUACAACAAAGUUGUGUCUUUUGUACUUAUGUUAAAACAAAAUGGCAUUAAUAUAUUUAUUUGCAUAUUUAAUUCAUUAUUAUGUUAUUGCAUCUAUUUAUAAAGUUUCAUGAAAUAAAAGAUUAUUUUUAUUAAAUGUAUAACUGA